AGAGUCUGUGCCGGAGUCUCAUUGAGCACGCUGAGCUCCUCACUGUCACAUCAGGUUGGACAGAGAUGUAUGUGUAAGUGGAUAAUAGCCAUGCAGACGUCACCCCUUCUGUUUGAUCUGUGUCUCCCCCAGCACCCCGUUCUCCUCCCACUCAGGGAGUUCAGGUAUAUAAGAAUGUGGGCUUCAACUUCCCGACACAACUACCAUCUCACAGUCCCAGUGCGGGGAAUUACAGAGCAUCAGAAAUCUAAGGAGAGGAAGAGAGAAGAGUGGAGCUGCAGAGGAUGACGAUGCCCAGAUCCAUUUGCCUUCUGUUAUUGCACCUUGCCUUAUGCAUACACUGCUACAUUCUUCAUCCAGAUUACAGUCCAGGCCAGUCAUCUAAAUCCAGUAGGUAUGUUAAUCCACCAAUGCUGGAAAUAAAUCCCAUGCAGAAUCCGGACUGGUCACUUGAUGAGGAGCAGAGAUUUAUUCGAGGACUCUCAGAAAAAAGGAUGGAGAGACAUGUGGAUGCGAUAUUCACCAACACAUACAGAAAAUUCCUGAGCCAAAUCUCAGCCAGGCGCUACCUGCAGAACAUGAUGGGAAAACGAUUGGGGCAAGAUUACUUGGAAAGCCAAUACCAAGAGGAAAGUAAACGAAAUCCUAGGAUAUUAAGGGAAACCAUUGCAUCAGUUCUGGUUGGCCUGAAGAACCCAGACUGGAGUGAUCAGUCAUAGCAGCCGUAGACUUACAUUAGCACAUUCUUUGUACAGAAUACUUUUUUCCCCCCCAAGAGGAGGAUGUUGUAAAUGAAAGUGUUGAAAAGUAUAUCACCCAUCAACGUGGCAAGCACAAUUCAAGCUUUUAUGGUGUCUGAAAUGGUGAACAUCGUGUCAACAAUGGUUCCUCUUCAUUUGUUUUGUUGAAAGUGUAAAUUAUUAGUUUUGUUAAAUAAAAAGAAAACGUUUUAUGAA